AUGUUGUAUGUGUUACAACACAGACUUGCCGUUGUGUCUCGUCUGCUUCUUGCACAUAUAUGUACUUCCUCCUCUUCAGUUUUCGGUCUCGUAUUCCUGUCUUGUCCGCGUUUCAAUAUUCCUCUUACAGCUGCCGCUUCCCUAGCACACGGUGAAAUGGAUUUCGAUGAGAAGCAGAGUUUUGGUUUUGGUGGGAAUGCAAUGAUGGCUAAGUUGUCAAGAUUCUCUUGGUCACCUUUUCUUUUCUUGAUCACCCUUAUAGCUUUUUUAUCCUUUCAAAUCACAACCAAGACCAUCUACCCCAUAAAGAUUGCAUUCAGUUCUACGUCGAAAACCGAUAUUUCGUCCGAUGCAAGAACCAGCUGUGUCGGGUUCUUUGGAGAGUUGCCGGAGAGAAAAACUGCGAUGUCGAUAAGGGACUUCGGUGGGGUUGGCGAUGGAAAAACUUCUAAUACCGAAACGUUUCGGAAGGCGAUACGGUAUCUGCAACGUUUCGGGAAUAGUGGCGGGGCCCAGUUGAAUGUGCCUAAGGGAAGCUGGGUCACAGGGAGUUUUAAUUUGACGAGUAAUUUCACUUUGUUUCUUGAGGAAGGUGCUGUUAUUUUGGGCUCUCAGGAUCCAAAGGAAUGGCCGAUCAUUGAACCAUUGCCUUCUUAUGGAAGAGGCAGGGAGAGAUUAGGGGGAAGACAUAUUAGUCUUAUUCAUGGAGAUGGCCUCACAAAUGUUGUCAUUACAGGAAACAAUGGGACAAUUGAUGGCCAAGGGAAGAUGUGGUGGGAAUUAUGGUGGAACAGAACGUUGGAGCACACAAGAGGCCACCUUGUAGAACUAAAGAACUCUAACGAUAUUCUCAUCGCCAACCUCACCUUUCUCAAUUCUCCAUUUUGGACCAUUCAUCCAGUUUACUGCAGCAAUAUUGUUGUUAAAGACAUGACAAUCUUGGCUCCUCUCAAUGCCCCAAAUACUGACGGUAUAGACCCUGACUCAAGCACAAAUGUGUGUAUUGAGGAUUGCUACAUUGAGAGUGGGGAUGAUCUUGUAGCAGUCAAGAGUGGCUGGGACCAUUAUGGUAUAAAAAUGGCUCGUCCAAGCUCAAACAUUAUAGUUAGGAGAGUAUCUGGCACCACCCCUACUUGCUCUGGGGUUGGAAUAGGUAGUGAGAUGUCUGGUGGAAUUUUUAACAUAACUAUUGAAGAUUUGCAUGUCUGGGAUUCUGCUGCUGGUGUGAGAAUUAAGACUGACAAUGGCAGAGGAGGAUAUAUAGCAAAUAUCACUAUAAAUAAUGUAACAAUGGAGAGAGUUAAGGUUCCGAUAAGGUUCAGUAGAGGCUCCAAUGACCACCCAGAUGAAAGAUGGGAUCCUAAAGCAGUUCCAGUUGUGAAGGGUGUUUAUAUCCAUAACGUGGUCUGUUUCAAUUCAACAAAAGCCCCAGUAUUGGAGGGAAUUGAGGAUGCACCAUUUGGUGGAAUAUGCAUGAAGAAUGUUAGCUUGUUUGGAGUGCUAUCAUCUCCAUCAUGGCGUUGUGAAUUUGUCUCAGGUUUUGCAGAUGAGGUAUUUCCAACACCAUGCCCGCAGCUGCAGAAUAAUAUAUCUUCGUCUCGAUGUUCAUACUCUUGA